AAAAACAUAGAGGAAGAAGUCGCGACCAGAAAAUCAAGACACUCUCAAUUAGAAAGUAAGCGAAGUAGGAAGCCGCUGGGUGAGGCAGUUGUGCUAGUGCAGAAUGGACAGUCAAGGAAGGCGGGUAGUCGUGUGCGACAAUGGAACCGGGUUUGUCAAAUGUGGUUUUGCUGGCUCCAAUUUUCCUGAGCAUAUUUUCCCAGCACUGGUGGGUCGACCAAUUAUCCGCUCUACUGCUAAAGUGGGCAACAUUGAGAUCAAGGACUUGAUGGUGGGCGAUGAGGCAAGUGAGCUGCGUUCAAUGCUAGAAGUUAAUUACCCAAUGGAAAAUGGUAUUGUUCGUAGCUGGGAUGACAUGAAACAUCUUUGGGACUACACAUUUGGGACUGACAAGCUGAACAUUGAUCCACGAAGCUGUAAGAUUUUGUUGACAGAGCCUCCAAUGAACCCAACAAAAAAUCGUGAAAAAAUUAUUGAGGUUAUGUUUGAGACGUACCAGUUUGAUGGUGUCUAUAUUGCUAUUCAGGCUGUGCUCACCCUGUACGCGCAAGGAUUGCUGACGGGAGUUGUCGUUGAUUCUGGGGAUGGUGUGACUCAUAUUUGUCCCGUGUAUGAAGGUUUUGCUCUGCCCCAUUUGACUAGGAGACUAGACAUUGCAGGCCGAGACAUCACCCGCUACCUCAUAAAGCUUCUACUGCUGCGUGGCUAUGCCUUCAAUCACUCUGCAGACUUUGAGACUGUGAGGAUGAUGAAAGAGAAGCUUUGCUAUGUUGGCUACAAUAUUGAGCAAGAGCAGAAGUUGGCACAAGAGACCACAGUGCUUGUGGAGUCGUACACGCUUCCAGAUGGGCGUGUGAUUAAGGUCGGAGGUGAAAGAUUUGAGGCUCCUGAAGCUCUGUUCCAGCCACAUCUCAUUAACGUAGAAGGAGUAGGAGUAGCUGAACUUCUUUUUAACACCAUUCAAGCUGCAGACAUCGAUACGAGAUCUGAGUUUUACAAACACAUUGUGCUUUCUGGAGGAUCAACCAUGUAUCCUGGUUUGCCUUCUCGUCUAGAACGCGAGAUCAAGCAAUUAUAUCUCGAGAGAGUGUUAAAGGGAGAUGUUGAAAAGCUUUCUAAAUUCAAGAUUCGCAUUGAAGAUCCUCCUCGUCGAAAGCAUAUGGUGUUUCUUGGAGGAGCUGUACUUGCAGACAUAAUGAAAGACAAAGAUUCUUUCUGGAUGACUCGGAAAGAGUACCAAGAGAAAGGCGUGCGUAUCCUGGAGAAAUUGGGUGUUACUGUGCGGUAAACAGUAAUCUGUCCAUAAAUGCUAAAGCUCUUCUUCUGCUCAGCUCGCUAUCUGCGAUAUUCUUAAUUGCACCUUGACCUUCAGACCUCCAAAAGUGCAUUCAGAACACACAUGUUUUAUUUGGACUUGGAUGGUUGAGCAGGGCUGGAGGAAUGGAGGGCUUUGAGUCGUGCUCUGUUUCAAAUUGCCAUUUUGAGAUUCUUGAUGAUUUUUUUUGGAAGUGCAACUAACAGACCUCACAACUUCUACUGAGGUUUCAAAUAUGCUUUAAUAUUGCUAUGCACAUUCUUUUUAUGUUGCAAACGGGCAUUUUUGUUUGCCUUUAACUAAGCUGGAAACAAAUAUCAACAAGGUCACAACAGAAAAAGGAAAGGGAAUUUAAUUGGACAGUGUGCUGCUACCACUAAACCCAGAAUCAAUGCUUAGUACAGAUAUUGGUUGUUAUUGAUAGAAAAGUGUCUUUGAGCAAUGCAGUGGAGAAAAGCAGACAUCUCAGAAAGAAGGCUGGUUUCUUUCUGGAAAUCUUAAAUUUUGAAUUAGUAAGCCUGUACAGAAUAUAUUUCUUUUGAGUAUUCCUACAUAAACAAGGUGGAGUAAAGGGCCAUUUUGUCUAGUUUGUGGUAAAUGUCAAGAUUUCCCAUUUGUGUACACAUUUUUAAAUCAGUUUCUGCCCACUUUUUUGCAUUGUAUUUUUUACUCACCCACAAGCUUAGUGUUGGUUUUGAGCAUCUUCUUUUUGCAUUUCUUUUUACUGAUUUCUUCUGUUACUCCUGGUCAAGCUGUUGUGGUCAGUUAUUUAACUAAAUUAUUCUGUAGGUUGAUUGAGAUGCCCUGAAGUUCAAAACAAUGUUUCAAAAACAUUCGUAGAAAACACAUAGAUGCCAUUAUUGCAUGGGACCAAACAUACACUGGAAACAUCUUGACCUUGAAGACAAGAGGUAAACACAAAUACAAUAAAUAUUUACAGUAUCAUAUGACUAUUGGUCUAGAGACUUUAGCCAGAAUACGGAGAUGCAGUUUUAAAAAUGCAAGUCAAAAAAGUAGCUAAAUGUUAAAUGAAACUACAUAGGCAAGAGGGGCUUUCCUGGACCAGGCUGGCAGAAUAUAGAAUGGGUAGGCCUUAUCCUCUGAAGUUUGUUUCUCAUUUCUUGCUUGUCUGGUUGCUUUGAGAAGUUUUGCCUAGUUUUAAGUCUUUCUGUGCAUGGGAUGCAAAACUGUGUUUUUGAGUUCUGAUGGUCCCAUCUGAGCUAGGCAUAUCUUAAUAAAGAGAGUGUGCAAAAGGCUUAUGAACAAAAUGAUUUGAACAGGUCAAGGAGGACCAAAAGCAAAUUAACCUGGGGAGAAAGUUCCAGUGGAGCAGUGGCAAAAUAUUAAAUUUGUUACAACCUCAAAAGCAAAGUUUUGCUAAUAUUUUCUAUUGUACACAUAACGUGUAUUUGUCAGUUUAUAUUGCAGCAUACUAAUGUUUUUGUCCUAGUUUACCUGAUUUUAAUAAAAUAACGAGAUCUAAUCUUCCAUCAUGUUACCAUGAUGUGCAGAAUGGCAACAUAUUGUGUUCUCUAAAGAAUUCACAGAUUAUAGCUGACAGUACCUCAGCAAAUUUGUCCUCUGCUCGGCAUGGAGGCUUAGUGUAACGAUGCGUCAAGGUCUAAACCACAAAAGCCUGUCAAACUUGAAGAAGCCAAUUAAUACUAAUCUUUAAUAAGUUGAUUCAUUAAUAAAAUCAAUAAACAAUAAUCAACAGUUAACUCAAAUAUAUUGAUAAUAAAUUAAAGUAACUAAAUGAAAUACCCUAAAUAGUGCCAAAUACAAAAAGAAAUAAACAAAAGAAUAAUAAACUGAAAUAACUCAUUCUAUAAAAGGUGGAAAAACAGUAGAGGACAAUUAUCAAAAAGUAUAACUUUUCCUUUGAAAAAUAGAACUCUAAAGCUUGUCAAUGUCACAAAGCUCUAGAGCUUGUUGUGGAGCACUUUCAAUAUAUACAUAUUUGUUAGAAUUGUUUUUACUUACUUUGGGAGCAGGGGUCAUAUGCCAAAGGAGAAAAAUAGUUUUAGUUUGAAUCAUUCAAUUAAUAAACCCGUGACCACUACAUAUAGAAAGAUGCCAGAACCCCUAUGUGUAAAAAAGCAGUGUGUCCUUUAAAAUGAUACAGUUUGACUUUUACUACUAGGAACAUCUCAGUGUUGGCCUUUAAAACUAGACAAGUGAUUCUGAAUCCAAGAAAGUGCAUUCCUACCUUAUCUGACUUCUUGUUUUGGAUCUGUUAAUUAAAGUGUUCAUCUUAACGUGACUAAAUACGUACUAAAUACGUACUAAAUGCUUGAUGCUUUGAAUUUAGAUACUGCUUGCAAUACAGUCUGCAUUAUGCUAACUAAUCUGAAAUAACAGCAAUGGGAAACAAACAAAAAUAAAUAUCAAGAAAUGGAUGCUGGCAUCUGAAAAUAUUUGAUUUGGAGCCUAUGUGGGUAACAUAAGAAAGUAUAAUAAACAAGGAAUCAAGGGAAACCAAGGGAUUUUCUUUUGAAAUAGUAAGAGCAAAAAAAGAACAUAUUCAUUCAUAAGGCAUAUUCCUAGUCUAUCAAGUGAGUAAGACAUUUAUUAUGGCUUAUGCUUCAUUUUAAAGACAACAUGGCAGUCCAUCAAGGCUAAACCACCAUUUGCAGUUGUUUAAAGACUGUACAUUUAGCCUGUUGGAAAUGCUCAAGCUGAUGUAAUGACUGUUUCUAAAUGCUUAUUUUUUUCCCAUUCUUAUAACAAACAAAAUAAAAAAAAAAACUUUUUAUAUACGUUUUAGAUGCAAUGCUGGUUACCUCAAAGUCGAUAUAUGCAGGUGUUCAGUAAUCCUGCAUUUUGGCGUUUACAAGCCAGUCAUGGCAGCGUUAACCAGGUUGUACAGUACAUAAAAUUAAUUUUACUCAAAAUACCAUAAUGAAACAAAAGUGUUGUUUAUUUCUACCAACAUAGCACCUUGGGUGAUACAUGUUAGAGAACUCAAACAGCACCCUCCCUUAAGCUGUCAGACCUGAUAUCUUUUAUCUAGUUAAAUAGCUUGAGCUUCAGCUCAAGGAAGAAAGUGUUGUCUCCUAAGGUGCUGGUAGCAAUGCUAAAGUAGGGAAAAUCUAGUCGCUAUAUCUGAGCAGCAGAGUGACACCCCAGCCGGGGAAGGUGGGUGAAUAAUGAAAACUCGCUGAUGUCCAUUCCAUUUCAUUCCUCAUGAUAAAUCUUUGUAAGCUUUCCGGUUUUUAUCAGUGCUGGCACUUUUGUAAAUCAAUAGGUGGCUGCUUCUCUCAAAGAGAGAAGAGGUAAACCUUUAAUGAUGCAUUAUUUAUUUGGGGACUAGCACAAUGACAUGGUGGUUUAAGUAAGCAGACAGAUUUUGGGAAUGCCUCUCCCACAUUAGUCCAUUCCUUGCUUGUUCUCAUACCCAUAAUGCUUUUAGAACCCAAUUGUGUGAAUUCUGAGUUGGUUAAUGGAUGAUCCAUAAAUGGGUAGUUUCUACACCCUUUACUUGCAAACAAAUACAGCUAUGCAGAAAUAUGAAAUUAAAGUGUGAUUUCUGUGGACCCGAGGUCUAAAUUUAGCAGCAUAUUUCCCAUCUUCAUUUAUCCUUGAAUGUGAUUGAAGGUCAAGGCUGACUUGUCCUUUUUAAAAAGGGAAACUCUUAAGGGAACUUGUGCUGAAGGUUGUUAAUUCAUAGGUACAGAACCCUUCAGCAUAAACAGUAUUGAGCUGAGAGGUCUAACCUGACUGGCAGCUUCUCGACUCUGUCAGGCACUGCCAGUGUGAAUUGCCAAUACAAAAUGGAAAACUGUUUCUCUAUGUUGCUUACAUGCUAGGUUCACUGGUUCAUCUUUUUUUUUUUUUUUUCUUCUUAAACACUGUUUUGAGAAACAAGAUGGAAUAUUCAUUUUAGCAUAAAUAAAGCAUUUGGUAACUUAACAUAUAGUAUCGAGCAAUGGAGAAAAGCUUCACUUGUUGUACAAUAUUAGAAGAUACCAUAUGAACUGAUUUGCCCUGAAUGUUUUAUGUGGUUCACUUUUCAGGGCAGUAUUUACCUUUCCAUCAUACAUAUCAUUGUCUGAAUGCAAAAUUCAAAUUCUGACACGUUUGCAGCAUGUUGUUUACUACAUUGAUCUGAAGUAUUUCCAGAAUGACGGUUACAGUGCAGGUGGAGAACUAGAAAAUAAAACACACUAAAAACAUGUUAUAGUUGUGUCUCAUGUGUUUGGUUUUGUGGCCAUUUGAGAUAAGACAGAAAUACUAAACUACCAAAAGCUGUUAGGGCAUGCAGGGUCACAGAACAUCCAAUAAAAUCGCAUAAGCUGGAUGAAUAGGGAAAAACAUAACUUUAAAAAGGAAAUUGCAUCAUUAAAGUUUACACCUCUCACUCUCUUUGUGCUUCAUUUUGAUUGUAGCUUUUUUUAAUUAAAAAUGUAUCUCUUUUAUAAAGUAAGUAUCACUUGCUAAUUUAGGAUGUCUACAACAAGUCACCUGAGAAAAUAUGUUUGGUAGAAAAUAUGUUUAGGCUUAGUGUGAACUUAUCUCUCAUGGUAUCCUUUACCAAUCUCAGGAACUUGGGGUGAAUUAGAAUGUGGAGUGACCUCAUUGAAAGAGCUGCAAUGUGGUUGCCUGACUUUUGGAUUCAAUAUUUACAACUUAUGCAACUGGAAUAGAGAGCAGCACUGGGAUUUGUGCUGAGCAGAGUCUGGACAUCGAAAAGAAAAUAUGAUUUAUGGUGGAUGAGCAUGACUAGGGUUAAUAAUUCAACAAAAGUAAAUGGAUGGCCACAUCUGCUCUGCAACAGCCCAUCAUUUUUUCUACCAAACAGGUUUUAAUUAGGGUGCAGGACUGUAGUGCAUCAUUUAGUUUGCCUGAUAUUUUUAUUGUUUUUCUUUUCUUUUUUUUUUUUUUAAUUUUUUUGAGUAUAGAGUUGCUCUGGGUUUGUUUUAUAUUUUGGGUGUCUAUUUUUUUGUACAACGGUAAUUCUAAUUUUUAAACAGUGUUUUCAAAAAAUGAUUUAUUUGCACCCACUGAUCUGUAAUUUAAAAUUUAAUAUUGCUGAUUUUAGUAGUAUUCUGUGAGGAACAAAUGUAUUUGAUACACAAAAUGGACCAGUAUUCACUACCUGUAUUGUAUUAUAUUGUCCUUUCAUUAUAAAAAUAAUAAAGAGAUCUCUUUGAUGA